AUGGACGAGGAGGCCAUCAACGAGAAGAUCAAAGCUGCUGACAUCCCGGAGGACGUGGAUGCCACGUACCUGAAGUCCGAGGAUGGCACGUCGACGCAUUUAGCAAGUCCAAGGCGCAGUCCAAGUGAAGGGAACCGACAGCUUUCCAAAAAGUGCGCAGAAAGGGUCCGGAGAGCUAAGGGACUGGAAGGUUCCAAUAUGUUUCCGAAACCCCGAAACCUCCACUGCCAGCUGGAUUUUGAGACGACGUCGACCUCCACAAAACCUGCCUUCCUGGCCUUCCAGCACGUCCUUCGAAGAUCGAAGGUGCCGGCGCGCAGCUCACCACUGAGGUAA